GAGCUCUCUGGUCCUGUGAUUUUUGACAGCUACGUCCCUUAACAAACAGCAAAUUAUAAUCCAACUCCUCUAAUGGAAUCUUGAGAGGUUUACUAAUUUCUAGUACUGGGAUAAAAUUUUCGCUCUUCGGCCAAAAGUCCCGGAGGAGAAGGAGAAAGCGAGGGUUCUGUCCGCCGCCCGCCAUGGCCGUCGACGCCGCUGCUUUACUGCUCCUCUCAGCCGCCAUCGCCGCCGUUUGGUUCCAUCCACCGACCACCGCCGCAGCACAGGGCUGCGCCUCCCAGAAUCUGGGUUCCAACCGGAUCUUCGCCGCCUGCAGCGACCUCCCCCACCUCUCCUCCUCCCUUCAUUGGACCUACGACCGCGCGGCCGCGGCGCUCUCCAUCGCCUUCGUGGCGCCACCGGCGGCGGCAGAAGGGUGGGUGGCGUGGGCGAUCAACCCCACUGGGAGCGGCAUGGCCGGGUCCCAGGCGCUGGUGGCGUUCCGGCAGGCGGACGGGAAGAUGGGGGUCAAGACCUACAACAUCACGGGGUACGCGCUGGAGGAGUCGAAGAUCGCGUUCGAGACGUCGGAUCUGGCGGCGGAGUACGCCGGCGGGUUCAUGAGGAUCUUUGGGACGUUGAAGCUGGGGAAGGAGAUGACGGUGGUGAACGAGGUGUGGCAGGUGGGGGGAUCGGUGACGAACGGCGUGCCGGACAAGCACGCUUUCCAACCCGAGAAUUUGGAGUCCAAGGGCAAGUUGGAUUUGAUCCGGGGGGUGAGCUCCGGAUCCGGGGAUUCCAUUACGAGGGAGAGGAAUAUACAUGGAGUUUUGAAUGCUGUGAGUUGGGGAAUUGUGCUUCCAAUUGGAGCAAUAAUUGCAAGAUAUCUGAAGACAUUCCAGUCAGCAGACCCUGCAUGGUUUUACCUUCAUUUGUCAUGCCAGCUCACCGGUUACAUCGUGGGGGUUGCUGGCUGGGCAACCGGUCUCAAUCUUGGGAGCAAGUCUAAGGGAGUACGGUACACCACUCAUCGGAACAUUGGGAUUACCCUGUUCUCUCUUGCCACCUUACAGGUUUGUGCAUUGUUUCUGAGACCCAACAAGGAUCACAAGUAUCGCUUCUACUGGAACAUCUACCACCACUUGGUAGGAUACACAGUCAUUAUAUUGGGUGUCAUCAAUGUCUUCAAAGGCCUGACAAUCUUAAACACUGAUCAGAAGUGGACUACAGCAUAUAUCACUGUGAUUAGCAUGUUGGGUGGUAUUGCCUUGUCAUUGGAAGCCAUUACUUGGAUUAUAGUUCUGCGGAGAAAGUCGCACAAGUCCACAAAGCCUUAUGGUGGCUCCAAUUCUACAGGCGGGCACCAUGGCGUGCAACAGCCACUGUCUGUCUGAUUAACUCCGUUCUGCUCUGCGGUUUGUUAAUUAGUGCAGAUCUUCAGUUUCUCUUAUGAGAUAAAGAGUGUCGAAUAGUUUUCUUUUUCCCCCUACGUGUUCACCUUUUGGUUGCCGUUUAUGUUGCAUCUUGUAUACUGGUUGGUGGGCUACUUAAGAUAUAUUCUAUCAUACAAAUUUUCAUUUUCAAUAUCAAUUUUAUUCUGUGUGAAA